AUGGAAAAUGGACCAAAUAUUAAUGCUUCUACAGUGGAUAGUUCUGUAAUGAAUUCUCUCGGUCAAAGAAAACAAGCUGGGAGCAUUCAUGACAUUAUGAAUCGACGUCUCAAGAAUCGAGAACGGCAACGUAGAUACAGGGCUAGAAAGCGCCGUGAAGCUGAUAUAAAGAAGGCAGGUAUUGGUUCACAAUCAACUCCAUUGCAAGUGGAAAUACAGGUGAAUAGCACUUCUCAUGAUGGCGUGACGCGAAUUCAUUGUCAAAGAGAUUGGAAAAAAGAUGCCAGAAGGGCCCAUGUUGUCCAUGAACAAGAAAUCAAGUCCAGUGACCCUGCAAGUCUUGAACCAACAUCAGUUAGUGGAAGUGAAGCACCCUUCUUGCCAUCCAGAUUUGGGGCAGACCCUCCAUCAAGUAGUGAAACACCUAGGACUACACUCAGCAAAAGACAUUGGAAGGCGGAAGCGAGAAAUAAAAAAAGCUAA